AUGGGACCCUUAAGGGGCUCCUCGGCUGGGUUUGUGGUUGGACCAGAGCUUGGAGAGCAGGACUGGGCACCACGGGCUGUGGGCUUCCUGGGCUGUGUCCUGGAGAGCCAUCCAGUGUGGCUGAGGAAGAAACGAGAACUAAUGAAAACCCCCUCUAUUUCCAAAAAGAACCGCGCGGGGAGCCCCAACCCGCCAAUCCUCCUCAGGGGAACUGCCCAGGAAGGAUUGUCCAGAGGCUCCAGGCUGGAGCCGCCAGCCACGUCCCUGUCCACGGGCGCCAAGGCCACAGGCACACUCAAAAGACCCACCAGCCUGAGCCGCCAUGCCAGUGCUGCGGGCUUCCCACUCUCAGGGGCUGCCACCUGGACCCUGGGCAGGGGCUACCGAAGCCCCCUGUCCGCUGCCAGCCCCGCAGAGCUCCCCAGUGAGGGACCUUUCCCUGAUGGCGUAGAAGACAUCUCAACCCUCUUGGCUGACGUGUCCCGCUUUGCUGAGGGCUUGGAGAAACUCAAGGAGUUUGUGCUGCGAGACGACCUCCUUGAGGCCCGGAGGCCGCUGGCCCAUGAGUGUCUGGGUGAAGCCCUGCGUGUGAUGCGCCAGGUCAUCUCCAAAUACCCGCUCCUGAACACUGUGGAGACGCUCACAGCUGCGGGCACGCUCAUUGCCAAGGUCAAAGCCUUUCAUUAUGAGUGCAACAAUGAAUCGGAUAAGAGGGAGUUUGAAAAGGCUCUGGAGACCAUUGCUGUGUCCUUCAGCUGCACUGUCUCUGAGUUCCUGUUGGGUGAAGUGGAUAGCAGUACCCUUCUGGCCGUGCCCCCCGGGGACCCCAGCCAGUCCAUGGAGAACCUUUACGGACCCGGCGGCGAGGGGCCCCCGCCCGGUGUGGAGGAAUGUGAGGAGG